AUGCCUUUAUUUUCCAAAAAAAUAAUACCUACAGAAAUCACUUCGAAUAUUGAAAAGGCAGUAAACCCAUCUGUAACUGAAUUAGAUUGGACACUUGUUUUUCAAAUAUGUGAUGCUGUUAAUUCAACAGAAUUGGGUGCAAAAGAAGCAAGAAAACUUUUACAAAAGAAGAUGAUGUCGCAUGAUCCCAAACUACAAUUUCUAGCUUUAGAGAUUUUGAAUUCUUUGGCCGAAAACUGUUCUGAAAAGUUCCAAACUCAAUUAUGUGCAAAGUCAUUCGGUGAAGAUCUUCUUGCCUUAUCUUCAUUCAAGACUCUUGAUGAUAGAGUACGUGGAAAACUUACACAAUGCUUAGAAACAUGGAUAAGACAAACAAGAGUAAAUCCACAAUCUGGAGCCAUAAAAAAAGCUUACGAUACUAUGAUAAGUUUACAUGGUGGCAAUAGUCAACCAAGCCAGAUCCUUACUAUUGGAAACACGAAUCAUGCGCCAAGAAAGAUGCCUACGCCCACAGAUAUGAAAGAUGGUAUUGAAGUUGCAAAAAACAGUGCACAACUAUUUUCUCAAACUUUAUCGUUCACUGACCCUACAAAGGAAGAUAUUUCAAAGAAUGAUUUAAUUCAGGAGUUUUAUAGUAAAUGUAAACAAUCUCAACAAUUGUUAGCCUUUUAUUUGGAAAUUUGUGAAGAUUCUGAGCUUAUUUCCGCUUUGAUUAACGCAAAUAAUGAACUUUUAAAUUGUUUUAGAUCCUAUGAUGAAAUGCUUGAACAACGUGCUGUCAAUGAAGCAACUGUUAAUUCUCAAACACUUUUCGAUCGUAACAUCCAUAAUAAUGGAGAAUCUUUUGUGCCUAACCCUAACCCUAAUCCACAUCAUUUAGAAGAAGAAAAUAAUAAUAUUACUGACAAUAACAAUUCUAAUGAUAACCAAAUAGCAGCUAAAGCUACUAAUCCAUUUCAAGUCCCACAAAUCAAUUUUAAUUCAAAUCAAAGUAUGGAUCCUUUUGACCCUUUCGCUGAUACUAAUCAUGUACAAGCUGAUAUAAAUUCAGCCAAUAUUUCAGGAAAUAAUGUAUUGCCACCACCUUUAACCCCUAAAAAGCUGCACGAUUAA